UCCACGUAAGCAAAACCAAAACAAAUUAUAGACAUUAUUAUGAUCGGAGUUGACUCAAAAUCUUCGUCGACGACUUUUAUCGAAACAAUGGUUGAAUCGGAGAAAACGAAACACACUUGUCUCCGUCUCGAAAUCUCCGGCGCCGAUCCAAUUUUCGUCAAAGGCACUUGGCAUAAUUCUCGUUUCGAUAUCUCCGUCACCGAUGGUUCCUCCUCUUGGAUUUGCAAUGCGACGGAGGAGGAAGUGGCGGAGAGAGCAGCACAAUGGGACCAGCCUGUGUCAGAGUAUUUAAAGCUCGCCGAGCAAUACUUAGGGUUUCAACAACCUAAUUCGGUCUAUAGUUUCUCCGAUGCUCUAGAGGGAUCUAAACGGCUCUCUUGGACGUUUGAGAAGGAAGGGACUAAACUUGAGUGGAGGUGGAAAUGUAAACCAUCAGAUGAUAGCAAGAAGAUCACUGUUGGGAUCUUGGAUUUUCUUAUGGAGGCUAACAUAAGGCUAAGUGAAGAAGUGGUGAACAAGACGAGAUCUUUUGAGAAGAUGAGAAGUGAAGCUGAGAGAUGUCUAGCGCAAGGUGAAAAACUCUGUGACGAAAAAACAGAGUUUGAGAGUGCAACUUAUGCAAAGUUUCUUUCUGUUUUAAAUGCAAAGAAGGCAAAACUGAGAGCACUAAGGGACAAAGAAGAUUCAGUGAGAGUAGUUGAGGAGGAAGAGUCGACAGACAAAGCUGAAAGCUUUGAGAGUGGAAGAAGUGAUGAUGAGAAGAGCGAGGAAGAAGCCUCAAAAAAGGCAACAAGCAGCAAAGCCCGUGGCGGGAAGAGAGCUGCACGAAGCUAAGAGAUUGCCCUGCCGUGAGAUUUUCAGGAAUACAUUUGUAAUCCUGGUAGGUGAAUCGGUGGAGCUUCUUUCCCUAGACGGGCAGAUAUAUUAGUUCAGCAGCUGGAGAAUCUCGGCACUCACCUUAAUCCGCGGCUUCAGAUUCUUCCUCAUCGAACCACCAAGAAAAUGAUGCCAUCUUCAUCCUCAAAAUGUUGAGACUUGCUUUGUCAAUGUUUUUUUGAUAGAGCAUAAGAAUUGUUAGAGUACUGAUCAAACUUGCUUAUUUGGUAUCAAUACUCU